AUGAGCGAUUUGCCCGAUGAGCUUCUCUGCCACAUUUUUUCUUUUCUUGAAUCUCAUGAUUCCAUAAGAUUAAGCUAUGUACAAGAUAUCGAUACUUAUGGAGGUCAGUCCCCACUCUUGAUUUUUGGGACAAUCAUUGAAAAUGCCUUCAAGUACCAUCAAAACUUGGCAAUCCUCCGAAAGUUUCGUCUUUGGUGUAUUAAUCUUCCAUGCAAGGAAUCUCUGAUUUCUAAGUGUAUCGAUUCUUCUACGGCAUCAAGUUGUUCUAAUCACCAAGUGUUGGAUAUUUAUCUAGCCGAGGGGUAUCUUGUUGAUUUAUCUCCUACUAUCUUUUCAUGUCGAAAAAUUACUAGUCUAAGAUUGUCCAGUGGAAUCGUUAUCGACGAAAUUCCCAGUGAUACUUGUGUGUUCUUCCCGUGUCUUAAGACCCUCCGACUUAAAUCGAUUUCCAUCUUCGGCGGUAACACAUUGAACAAGCUUCUCUGUGGCUGCCCUCGCUUUAAAGUUUUUAAUAUCGAACGUUGCUACGUUCUAUCUGACAUAUCCACACCCACAGUUAUGGUCAAGCAACUACACAUAAAAUACCACAUUAAACCUAGUAGGAUACAUGAAGAUGGUGAUUCAAAUCGUGUAUUAUCCUUGUCUUCUGCAUGCAUUGUUGAUUUUAGAAGAACCCGUGAAUACAAUUCUCAAGUCACCUUUGAUCUUUUGAACUCAGUCUCCGGUAUAGUAAAGCAAAUGACCUUAUUCACCAACAAGGAAUUUCAGUACUGUGAUGAUAGUUUACAGGAGAAUUUGUUACCGAAAAUGUUUUAUACAGGAAGCUUGACACGGUUAAAAUUGACGGACUUGAUGGAAGGAGAGAAAUGGGAAGUGUGA